AUGCAUCUAGGAAUCCCCAAAAGGUCAGAUCUCAGGCCCAAGGGCAAGAACAGGCCUCUUCUACCUAUACCUGCAUCUUUGAGAGGGCGUUUUAAUGACUACAAGUCCAAGAGGACGAUUCUGUAUGCCAUUCUAAUACUCAUUACUUUGAACUACAUAAUAAGCCGAGCGUUCUUUUCAUCGGGAAAGCGACACAAUUUCAAUCAUCUGAUUAACCAGGAGGCUCUACAGACACUGCAGAAGAAUCAUGGUCUUUAUAAGCACGAGAUAAUCGUGAAUUCAAAUUAUAUCUUUCCACCUACUGAGCACGCUCCACUGCUAAGAGAGCUGACGCUGGACAGAUUAUUCAAAUCCAAAGUUAGCCCUGAUAAUCCUCAAGAGAAGACGUACUAUUAUUCUGAUGAUGACAACAUCAACGACCUUAAUGAGAUCAAGGACAAGUCUAAUUCGGAGAACCCGCUGGAUCAGUCAUUAAAAGCGUUUAAAGAGCAUGGUCGUAAGGUUUUCAGACCGUCAGGCAGCAGAAAGUCACCAGAGAUCGUUAUUGUCACUGGAGUUGACUUUGAGCAAUUCGAGCAAGGCCAUUUGACCAAGAUCGUUCAAAAUAGAGUUGACUACGCACACGCAAACGGCUACGGACUAUACGUUAGAUGGAUUCAGGAGUUCAUCCCGACUUUACAGGAGUUCCACAAUGAUCGCAAAUGGGCCAAGCUGUUCAUUCUGAGGGCUGCUAUGCAUGCAUUUCCUCAAGCAAAAUACUUCUGGUAUCUGGACCAAAACGCCUACAUUGUGAGACACGACAUUGAGCUCUAUUCCUACCUGUUGGAAUCGAAAUCGCUCGAACCAAUCAUUUUGAGAGAUCAACCAAUAGUGCCGCCUAAUGGGGCCAUCAAGACGUACAAGAAAACCAAAGCCGAAGACGUCCGCUUCAUGAUCACACAAACCAAAGACGGGCUUAACACAGACUCGUUUAUUUUGAAAAAUGACAUAUAUGGUAAAGGAUUCUUGGAAUUUUGGACCGAUCCACUGAUGAGAAAAUAUCCAAGUUUUGCCGGAGACGACAAGGAUGCCCUGAUGCACAUCCUGCAGUGGCACCCGGUGAUCUUGAGCAAAUCCGCCAUCAUUCCGGGCCGGACCAUAGCUUCAUUGCAUAGCUCCAACUCCGCGGAGGAGGCCGACGAUACUUCUUUCUAUCAAGAAGGCGAUUUUGUUGUCAAUUUCAAAGGCUGCGAUGUCCACCAUACGUGCGAACUGAUACUGGAUUCCUACUGGAAGAAGCAGCAGGCUUCAGAGUGA